AAAAGGCCAAAAUGCAGCACUUAACUUUAUUCACUUUGGCGCUCACCUCGAUUGCAACUAUUUGUUUGGCAAAGUCACCCUAUCAAUCAGUUCUUCAGCACAGCAGGAUAAGAGGCAGACAGCAUGGGUAAGGCUCCGAAAUUAUUCAAAUGAUGAUGUGCACAUAGAAAGUUCUGCGCUAUUCAAUUUCAAGCGAACAUGACUUCUGUUCGUAUAAUUACAAAGCAUGAUUUAUGUUUUAUGUUUGAAAAUAUACAACCUACUACGCCUACUGAUUUGUAAUGGCAUAAUGUGUUGUGCUUCACAACUGCUUGAAGUAAAGUGAACAAGUAAUUCGAUGUGAAGGGCAAACUCAAAUUGUCUACUGUAAUGUGCCGGCAAAAUAAAGCGUAAUGAAAUAUUAUUUCAUCUCUUUUAGACCCAACGUGUGCGCGAUGCAGAAAAUACAGGGGACUGACAAGAAGUACUUCACCAACUGCAAGCAAUGGUACCAUCGCAAGAUCUGCGGCAAGCCAACGUGAGUGUACUAUAAGCAUGUAAUUAACGUGCAUUUUAAUUUGAAUGGUUGACAGUGAGUUGAUUUAUUACAACAUGCUGCGUCAAUAUAUGUGUAUUAUAGCCUACUGGUGUAGACAAUACAUCUACUGUGGAUCGAUAGGCUGUCCUUCAUCAGAAGGGAUGAGGAUCUCAAACUUUUUAAGUCAUUUGUGCUGAGCAGGCCAUUUCCUGUAUUGUUCAUUUAGAUAUGCAAACAUUAGAUUUUAAGCAUGAUUUAUGAGUUGUCCACUCCUUUCAUGUGGGUUUAUUGAAGGAGAACUCCCAACUAAGAUUGUCAGGCUGAAAGAAAAGUAGAUAAAGCAUUUAGCCUUCACCUCUAUUCUGCUGGAAGCAUAGAAUAGAAUAGAGAUACACUAGAUGGCAUACAGGGAGAAGGAAUUGAUUUGACAGUUACAGUGGCUUGCGAAAGUAUUCACCCCCUUGGCAUUUUUCCUAUUUUGUUGCCUUACAACCUGGAAUUAAAUUUGAUUUUUUUGGGGGGGGUUGUGUCAUUUGAUUUACACAACAUGCCUACCACUUUGAAGAUGCAAAAUAUUUUUUAUUGUGAAACAAACAAGAAAUAAGCCAAAAAAAACAGAAAACUUGAGCGUGCAUAACUCUUCACCCCUUUUGCAGCAAUUACAGCUGCAAGUCUCUUGGGGUAUGUCUCUAUAAGCUUGGCACAUCUAGCCACUGGGAUUUUUGCCCAUUCUUCAAGGCAAAACUGCUUAGCUCCUUCAAGUUGGAUGGGUUCCACUGGUGUACAGCAAUCUUUAAGUCAUACCACAGAUUCUCAAUUAGAUUGAGGUCUGGACUUUGACUAGGCCGUUCCAAGACAUUUACAUGUUUCCCCUUAAACCACUCAACUGUUGCUUUAGCAGUAUGCUUAAGGUCAUUGUCCUGCUGGAAGGUGAACCUACGUCACAGUCUCAAAUCUCUGGAAGACUGAAACAGUUUCCCUCAAGAAUUUCCCUGUAUUUAGCGCCAUCCAUCAUUCCUUCAAUUCUGACCAGUUUCCCUGCCAAUGAAAAACAUCCCCACAGGAUGAUGCUGCCACCACCAUGCUUCACUGUGGGGAUGGUGUUCUCGGGGUGAUGAGAGGUGUUGGGUUUGCACCAGACAUAGCAUUUUCCUUGAUGGCCAAAAAGCUCAAUUUUAGUCUCAUCUGACCAGAGUACCUUCUUCCAUAUGUUUGGGGAGUCUCCCACAUGGCUUUUGGAGAACACCAAACGUGUUUGCAGCUUAAAGUGUACGGCUUAAAGUGGUCCUAUGGACAGAUACUCCAAUCUCCGCUGUGGAGCUUUGCAGCUCCUUCAGGGUUAUCUUUGGUCUCUUUGUUGCCUCUCUGAUUAAUGCCCUCCUUGCCUGGUCCGUGAGUUUUGGUGGGCGGCCCUCUCUUGGCAGGUUUGUUGUGGUGCCAUGUUCUUUCCAUUUUUUUAUAAUGGAUUUAAUGGUGCUCCGUGGGAUGUUCAAAGUUUCAGAUAUUUCUUUAUAACCCAACCCUGAUCUGUACUUCUCCACCACUUUGUCCCUGACCUGUUUGGAGAGCUCCUUGGUCUUCAUGGUGCCGCUUGCUUGGUGGUGCCCCUUGCUUAGUGGUGUUGCAGACUCUGGGGCCUUUCAGAACAGGUGUAUAUAUACUGAGAUCAUGUGACAGAUCAUGUGACACAGAUUGCACACAGGUGGACUUUAUUUAACUAAUUAUGUGACUUCUGAAGGUAAUUGGUUGCACCAGAUCUUAUUUAGGGGCUUCAUAGCAAAGGGGGUGAAUACAUAUGCACGCACCACUUUUCCGUGAUUUAUUUUCUAGAAUUCUUUGAAACAAGUUAUUUUUUCAUUUGACUUCACCAAUUUGGACUAUUUUGGGUAUGUCCAUUACAUGAAAUCCUAAUAAAAAUCCAUUUAAAUUACAGGUUGUAAUGCAACAAAAUAGGAAAAAUGCCAAGGGGAAUGAAUACUUUUGCAAGGCACUGUAUGCUGAGUUAGUCCCAAACACCAGCUUGCAUAAAAUCUCAAUCUUCAGAGAGUAAGCACGAUGAAGGUGAGAGUUUAAGAAGCACAUAAGUGAAAUUCCUUCCUGAAACAGUAGCCCAAAUAUUUAAGUCACCUAACCAUAACGACUCGAUGUUGUAAAAGGUGACAGGCAGUGAGGUCUGUUUUCAAUCAUCUGCUGAGAUUGAGGUUGUUAUUACAAAACCUCGUUAAAUAUUGGUUCAGUUGGAAUCCAGCUAGCUGCAUGUUGAAGUGGGAAAUGCUUUUUUCUUCAUCCUGUUACGGGAACUUCUCCUGCAGUAGUUGGGUCCUGCCAGGACUGUCUGAUGCCAGUGGAGAUGAGACAGUGUGUGUGUCUCAAAUGGCACCCUACUCCCUAAAUAGUGUACUACUUUUGACCAGAUCCCUAUUACUUUUGACCGGGGCUCCUAGGGCUCUGGUCAGAAGUAGUGUACUAUAUAGGGAAUAGGGUGCCAUUUGGGAUGUACUGUAUAGUCUGCUAUAAUGCAAGACGUCACAACAGUCCUGGGGGAGAAAAUAUAUUCUAAAAGUGUUUAUGACUUAAUGGUCCAGUUAACAUUUUAGAUUUUAGUCAUUUAGCAGACGCUCUUAUCCAGAGCGACUUACAGUUAGUGAGUGCAUACAUUUAUUUUAUUUUAUUUUGCAUACUGGCCCCCCGUGGGAAUCGAACCCACAAUCCUGGCGUUGCAAACACCAUGCUCUACCAACUGAGCUACAUCCCUGCCGGCCAUUCCCUCCCCUACCCUGGACGACGCUGGGCCAAUUGUGCGCCACCCUAUGGGUCUCCCGGUCACGGCCGGCUACGACAGAGCCUGGAUUCGAACCAGGAUCUAGUGGCACAGCUAGCACUGCAAUGCAGUGCCUUAGACCACUGCGCCACUCGGGAUUUCACAGUAUAAAGGCGUCCUCAUGCUUCCCAGCCGAAACAGUUUGGAAGAGUUUGUGCAUAUAUUAUGAUGACAUUUUGUGACGUUUUUGUUCGUUUUGGACUUCGGUAAGGGGUUUUUCGGUUGUUCGGGCAUUUUCAUUUAGAAAUACUGCACCAAACAUCUUAGUUAGAUGUCAAAUUGGUCUAGCUGUCUGGUCUAGCUGUAGUAGUCUCUGGUCUAACUGUAGUAGUCUCUGGUCUAACUGUAGUAGUCUCUGGUCUAACUGUAGUAGUCUCUGGUCUAACUGUAGUAGUCUCUGGUCUAACUGUAGUAGUCUCUGGUCUAACUGUAGUAGUCUCUGGUCUAACUGUCGUAGUCUCUGGUCUAACUGUAGUAGUCUCUGGUCUAACUGUAGUAGUCUCUGGUCUAACUGUAGUAGUCUCUGGUCUAACUGUAGUAGUCUCUGGUCUAACUGUGUAGUCUCUGGUCUAACUGUCUAACUGUAGUAGUCUCUGGUCUAACUGUAGUAGUCUCUGGUCUAACUGUAGUAGUCUCUGGUCUAACUGUAGUAGUCUCUGGUCUAACUGUAGUAGUCUCUGGUCUAACUGUAGUAGUCUCUGGUCUAACUGUAGUAGUCUCUGGUCUAACUGUAGUAGUCUCUGGUCUAACUGUAGUAGUCUCUGGUCUAACUGUAGUAGUCUCUGGUCUAACUGUAGUAGUCUCUGGUCUAACUGUAGUAGUCUCUGGUCUAACUGUAGUAGUCUCUGGUCUAACUGUAGUAGUUUCUGGUCUAACUGUAGUAGUCUCUGGUCUAGCUGUAGUAGUAUCUGGUCUAACUGUAGUAGUCUCUGGUCUAACUGUAGUAGUCUCUGGUCUAACUGUAGUAGUCUCUGGUCUAACUGUAGUAGUCUCUGGUCUAACUGUAGUAGACGACAUGAAGCAUGGACAACUAUUUCUGGAGCAUAAAUAGCUAGGUUAGCUAGGUAGUUAGUUUAAGGGAGAUAAAUAGCUGGGUUAGCUAAGUAGUUAGUUUGGACAAGAUAAAUAGCCAGGUUAGCUAGGUAGUUACACAGUAGAUCAUGGAUACCUUGUGUCUCUCUAAUCAAUCAGUCAGGGUAGUGUUAAGUAGCUUGACCACCUCUGAGGGUCAAAGGACAACUCAAGUUACCAGUCUUCCAGAUCGGCCCCGUCCUGGAUCCAUGGGCAGUAAAGGCACUGACAGCACUCCACAGUAGCGGUGGUUUGAUUGACAUCAAUGUUAACGUCCCUGCAGGGAGCAAGAUGCUAUUGGUUAUUUGCUCUGUCUAACAUUCCUGUGAGAUUGGGUUGUAGGUUUUGCAUGGCAUGGGAAAGCCAUGUGUCGACCAUUGCACCAUUACAUACCGCCUUGCCCUGCAGUGCAUGGGAAUUGGUGUGCUAAGAAAACAUGCAUUUGCUAUUUAGAAUAAGUUAGUGUGUGUUUGUGUGUGUGUGUGUGUGUGUGUGUGUGUGUGUGUGUGUGUGUGUGUGUGUGUGUGUGUGUGUGUGAGAGAGAUAGUCUUCUGUUCCUGGAAUGUUCUUGUUAUUUGAUCUCCCUUGAUAAGUAUUGUGAAAUUAUCUGGAUAUUUCCUGUAGAAAAUGUAACCACUGACACUAACUUGAUGACUUUGUAACGGGAGACUUUUGCUGGCGAUUCACAACAGUGUUUCUUUCAUUGGAAAUUUCAUGAAAGUUGAAGAGGAAGUGAAACUUUGCUGUGGGCGCUGGAUGUUUGGAGGAAAUUAUGGCUUUAGAGGGCACUGUUGAGGGACCCUACAUCCUUAAACACACACUAAUCAUUCAUAAGGGAGCCAGGAAAAUGUGAUUUUUCCAUAGCAAGCCAGGCCUAACUGUGUCAAUUUGAGAGGGCUGGGACUGGGAGUUUGAGAGUUGCGUUCAAAAGGACAAACUUGGGCUUGUGUAAACAAAGGUUCCUAAAAGCUUUUAUCUGCUUGGAUUUAAUUACAUUUACAGACAGAGACAGACAUCCAUGGAAAGAGGGAGCCAACCUGUUAAAAUACUAUUUAGAAUAUUUCUAAUACUUGUAUCCUUUUCUCUAGCCUGUCUGUAGUGCCAGAUGUGCAGGGGUUUGCAGUUUGGGGAAUAUUAUAUUGGCCUGUUAGGCCAGGUAAGCAAAAAAAAAAAACGUUUCUUAAAUGAUUUCAAAUAGUAUUUGAACCCAGGUCUGGAUGGAGUUUUAAAGACAGGAAUGUGUAGUAGCUUUCAUCGUCCUGUACUGAACAAUCCCUGUCUGUGUGACUGUGAGUGGCCACUGGGCUCAACAGGCAAUGGGUUAGAAUGUAGGCCAUGGGGAGGUGGUGCUGCUGGGGCUAGAGAGGUUACAGUCACCAAUAACCCUAACAACACCCCCUAGCUACCUAACAACCCCCCCUAGCUACCUCCCAACACCCCUUAGCUACCUCCCAACACCCCCUAGCUACCUCCCAACACCCCUUAGCUACCUCCCAACACCCCCUAGCUACCUCCCAACACCCUUUAGCUACCUCCCAACACCCCCUUAGCUACCUCCCAACACCCCCUAGCUACCUCCCAACACCCCCUAGCUACCUCCCAACACCCCUUAGCUACCUCCCAACACCCCCUAGCUACCUCCCAACACCCCCUAGCCUUCUCCCAACACCCCCUAGCCUUCUCCCAACACCCCUUAGCUACCUCCCAACACCCCCUAGCUACCCUCCCAACAUCCCCUAGCUACCUCCCAACACACCCUAGCUAACCUCCCAACACCCCUUAGCUACCUCCCAACACCCCCUAGCUACCUCCCAACACCCCCUAGCUACCUCCCCAACACCCCUUAGCUACCUCCCAACACCCCCUAGCUACCUCCCAACACCCCUUAGCUACCUCCCAACACCCCCUAGCUACCUCCCAACACCCCUUAGCUACUCCCAACACCCCCUAGCUACCUCCCAACACACCCUAGCUACCUCCCAACACCCCCUAGCUACCUCCCAACACCCCUUAGCUACCUCCCAACACCCCCUAGCUACCUCCCAACACCCCUUAGCUACCUCCCAACAACCCCUAGCUACCUCCCAACACCCCUUAGCUACCUCCCAACACCCCCUAGCUACCUCCCAACACCCCUUAGCUACCUCCCAACACCCCCUAGCUACCUCCCAACACCCCUUAGCUACCUCCCAACACCCCCUAGCUACCUCCCAACACCCCCUAGCUACCUCCCAACACCCCCUAGCUACCUCCCAACACCCCCUAGCUACCUCCCAACACCCCUUAGCUACCUCCCAACACCCCCUAGCUACCUCCCAACACCCCUUAGCUACCUCCCAACACCCCCUAGCUACCUCCCAACACCCCCUAGCUACCUCCCAACACCCCCUAGCUACCUCCCAACACCCCCUAGCUACCUCCCAACACCCCUUAGCUACCUCCCAACACCCCCUAGCUACCUCCCAACACCCCUUAGCUACCUCCCAACCCCCCCUAGCUACCUCCCAACACCCCUUAGCUACCUCCCAACACCCCUUAGCUACCUUUAAGCCCCAUUCUCAACGUCAAUGCGUUGGUUCUUCUGCUUUGCUCAGCAAUCACACUAUGUUUUGAAGUAGUAACAUUUGACCAAAGGUGAAUCCCAAAGCUAACUAGUCUGUAAAGCUUUAUACAUAGUCACUUUUACAACAAAUUACAUCUUGUUAUUUUGUCUGGGAAAGGAACAUUUUUGUUGUCUAUUCUUAAUCAAUAAAGCAAGAAAACAAUUUUUUGGGUACUGUACCUAUGAAUAUAAAGUUAAAAAUGAGAGACUGUGUGGUAAAUCCAAAUCUAUCUAGCAUGCUGUUUUCAACAUGGAACCAAUAAAGUCGAAUGGCCCUCCAGUCUCUUCUUCAGUACUUUAGUCUGGUGGAUCGCUUGCCUCAACACUUGGACGUCUCAAUGUACACAGUGUUUGAAUUAUGCAACCUUACUGUUUAUUUUGUCAGAAAUCUAUGGCUACCAUCUUUGUUUAUGCUUGCGGAGAACAAAACGAAGUUGAGUGACCAUCUGUUUUGAUAAUCAGUCUGGUCUGGUUUCCAAGCUAGUGUGUUUUACAGGGUUUCCCUGUAACCCCACCUCCCUUGCUUAAUAUUAGGAUUGUCCCCUAACCAUGUUUCUGAGCUACCCCCUACCCUCACCCUGGGAGUUUAACAGUAGCUGAUUGCUCAGAGCCUCGCCUGUCUGGGUCUUUAACAGCUUUUACAGUAUAGUUCAUUAUGCUUGAAGGGGAUGGUGGGGAUGGGGUGGCUAACUAGGGUUGAUGUUGACAAGUGGGUUAUUGAAUGUGUCAGACUCAGGUAGUUUUCCAUUGACUUUCAUCAAUGUUAGGACUCAGAGUUGGUCCUCUUUUACAUUCUAAUCAUUUAGCAGACGCUUUUAUCCAGAGUGAGUUAGAGUUAGUGCAUUCAUCUUAAAAUAACUAGGUGUGACAACCACAUAUCUCAAUCAUAGUAAGUACUUUUUCCUCAGUAAAGUAGCUGUGGGGGGGGGGGGGGGGGGGGGGGGGUGCUGUGGGAUUAUUUAAGAUACUCUUUGAAGAGGUAGGGUUUCAGAUGUUUUCGGAAGAUGGGCAGGUACUCUGCUGAAGAGCUUUGACUGGUCUGGGCCAAGAGAUCAGAGCUGGAGUACUCGAGUUGGGGUGUAGGGGCUGCACGGGGCUGCAAGAUGCCAAAUAAUUUUAGCGUAGCUUUCCACAGCUUUUGCCUUGUCUUUUUUUUGUGUGUUAUGUAUUGUUAAUAUUGCCACUGUGUGUUGCUCACUAUAACCUAUGUGUGCCACUGUUUGAUUAGCAAUACUAAUGUUUACACAAUGGACUAGCAUCUUUUAUUCAUGUUUUUUGUUUUCUGGUUGUAGGAAGAACUUGCCACCGAAUGUAGCUAGUUAAAAGCUUCCUUUUCAUGGAUCUAGACCACUUAUUUUUGACUUAACUUUAAGGUGAACAUUUUUAUCCAGUAGUUUAGUGGUACACCUUCGCUUGACCGUUCUCUCUUUGUUUUUACUGGCGGGAGCCUGUGUUUCAGUAUCAGUCUCUUAGUCCCCUUUCAGGAGUUUCUUUUGGCCAACCCUGGGUCAGUGGAUUCCUCUGCUCCUUCUCUCACUCUGAAGAAAUGAGCUUUUAUGACCUUCCGGGAUCCAGCUGAGCCCAGUUCAGAUUUAUUGUGGAAAUAUCUUAAAUGCACAAAAAAUGGCAGAACUAUGUGUAUAGCAUGUGGUUGAAUCAUUUAACCUAAGACGCAUUGCUCAAUCUUUUGUAGCCUGGUCCCAGAUCUGUUUGUGGCAAGACGGCACAAACGAGAUCUGGGACAAGGCUAAAGUCUUUUUGAUUUGAAAGGGUAAUGAGAAACUGACCUGUUUGUUUUCAUCUCUGAUUGGCUGCAGUCAUCCUUAACGUGUGUUCUUAUUGGUCGACAGGGUGAUCAGCUAUGAGUGUUGCCCCGGUUACGAGAAGCUUCCAGGAGAGAAGGGUUGUCCCGCUGGUAAGAAAUAUGCAAAUGAAGUUAUAGCUCGGUCACUUACUACCCCAUAUAAUGCAACAGCUAGUCAUCAAUUGGUUGUGAAAUAUACAUCCAUCAAGUCAACAUUUUGAAUUUCAUACAUUCCCCCAUAUGAAGAUGAAAGAAUGUAUUUUUUUUUCUUCCAGCCCUGCCGUUGGUGAACAUCUACAACACCCUGGGUAUGGUUGGAGCUGCCACCACUAAGAUAUACUCAGAGAGGGCUCAGCUGAGGGAGGAGAUCGAGGGACCAGGGAGCUUCACCUUCUUCGCUCCAAGCAACGAUGCAUGGGCGGCCCUACCCGUUGUGAGUGUGUCUAGUUUUCACAGGAGAGGGGAUACACUGAGGGAAAACCUGGAAAUUAAAUAUAAUUGACCCCAAUCCUGUUGCAUCUAGAGAUAUUGUAUUAUGCUGGCCUCGGGCUAUGUGUUAUCAGCCUAACCAACCACACUAGCGUUUCAAAGUUAUUUUUAGGAGCAGUAGUUAUAGCUAUAACCAAGUUCAUGUAUUUGUUAAUAUAUACAGGGCAUUCGGAAAGUAUUCAGACCCCUUGACGUUUUCCUCAUUUUGUUAUGUUACAGCCUUACUCUAAAAUGGAUAAAAUGUAAUUACAUUUUCCUAAUCAAUCUACACACAAUACCCCAUAAUGACAAAGCGAAAAAAGGUUUUUAGAUAUUUUUGCAAAGUUAUCAAAAACAAAAAACAGAAAUACCUUAAUUACGUAAGUAUUCAGACCCUUUGCUAUGAGACUAAAAAUUGAGCUCAGGUGCAUCCUGUGUCCAUUGAUCAUCCUUGAGAUGUUUCUACAACUUGAUUAAAGUCCACCUGUGGUAAAUUCAAUCGAUUGGACAUGAUUUGGAAAAGCACACACCUGUCUAUAUAAGGUCCCACAGUUGAAAGUGCAUGUCAGAGCAAAAAUCAAGCCAUGAGGUCGAAGGAAUUGUCCGUAGAGCUCGGAGACAGGAUUGUGUCGAAGCACAGAUCUGGGGAAGGGUACCAAAAACUGUCUGCAGCAUUGAAGAUUCCCAAGAACACAGUCGCGCCCAUCAUUCUUAAAUGGAAGAAGUUUGGAACCACCAAGACUCUUCCUAGAGCUGGCUGCCCGGCCAAACUGAGCAAUCGGGGAGAGGGCCUUGGUCAGGGAGGUGACCAAGAACCCGAUGGUCACUCUGACAGAGCUCCAGAGUUCCUCUGUGGAGAUGGGAGAACCUUCCAGAAGGACAACCAUCUCUGCAGCACUCUACCAAUCAGGCCUUUAUGGUAGAGUGGCCAGACGGAAGCCACUCCUCAGUAAAAGGCACAUGACAGCCCGCUUGGAGUUUGCCAAAAGGCACCUAAAGGACUCUCAGACCAUGAGAAACCAGAUUCUCUGGUCUGAUGAAACCAAGAUUGAACUCUUUGGCCUGAAUGUCAAGCGUCACGUCUGGAGGAAACCUGGCACCAUCCCUAUGGUGAAGCAUGGUGGUGGCAGCAUCAUGCUGUGGGGAUGUUUUUCAGCGGCAGGGACUGGGAGACUAGUCAGGAUCGAGGGAAAGAUGAACGGAGCAAAGUACAGAGAGAUUCUUGAUGAAAACCUGCUCAGGACCUCAGACUGGGGCGUAGGUUCACCUUCCAACAGGACAACGACGCUAAGCACACAGCCAAGACAACGCAGGAGUGGCUUCGGGACAAGUCUCUGAAUGUCCUUGAGUGGCCCAGCCAGAGCCCGGACUUGAACCCGAUCGAACAUCUCUGGAGAGACCUGAAAAUAGCUGUGCAGCGAUGCUCCCCAUCCAACCUGACAGAGCUUGAGAGGAUGUGCAGAGAAGAAUGGGAUAAACUCCCCAAAUACAGGUGUGCCAAGCUUGUAGCGUCAUACCCAAGAAGACUCGAGGCUGUAAUCGCUGCCAAAGGUGCUUCAACAAAGUACUGAGGAAAGGGUCUGAAUACUUAUGUAAAUGUGAUAUUUCAUAUUUAUUUAUUUUUAAUACAUUUACAUACAAGGGGGAAAAAACUAUUUAAUACAUUUUAGAAUAAGGCUGUAAUGUAACAAAAUGUAGAAAAAGUCAAGGGGUCUGAAUACUUUCCGAAUGAACUGAACAAAAAUAUAAACGCAACUUGCAACAAUUUCUAAUAGUUAAAGUUCAUAUAAGGAAAUCUGUCAAGUGAAAUAAAUUCAUUAGGCCCUAGUCAAUGGAUUUCACAUGACUGGGAAUACAGAUAUGCAUCUGUUGGUCACAGAUACUUAAAGUAAAGGUAGGAGCAUGGAUCAGAAAACCAGACAGUAUCUGGUGUCACCAUUUGCCUCAUGCAGUGCGGCACAUCUCCUUCACAUAGAGUUGAUCUGGCUGUUGAUUGUGGCCUGUGGAAUGUUGUCCCAUUCCUCUUCAAUGGCUGUGCGAAGUUGCUGGAUAUUGGCGGGAACUGGAACACGCUGUCCUACACGUCUAUCCAGAGCAUCCCAAACAUGCUCAAUGGGUGACAUGUCUGUUGAGUAUGCAGGCCAUGGAAGAACUGGGACAUUUUCAGCUGCCAGGAAUUGUGUACAGAUCCUUGUGACAUGGAGCUGUGCAUUAUCAUGCUGAAACAUGAGGUGAUGGCGGCGGAUGAAUGGCAUGACAAUGGGCCUCAGGAUCUCGUCACGGUAUCUCUGUGCAUUGAAAUUGCUAUUGAUAAAAUGCAAUUGUAUUUGUUGUCCGUAGCUUAUGCCUGCCCAUGCCAUAAUCCCACCACCACCAUGGGGAACUCUGUUCACAAUGUUGACAUCAGAAAACCACUCGCCCACACGACGCCAUACACGUGGUCUGUGGUUGUGAGGCCGGUUGGACAUACUGCCAAAUUCUCUAAAACGACAUUGGAGCCGGCUUAUGGUAGAGAAAUUAUCAUUCAAUUCUCUGGCAACAGCUCUGGUGGACAUUGCUGCAUUCAGCAUGCCAAUUGCACUCUCCCUCAACUUGAGACAUCUGUGGCAUUGUGUUUUGUGACAGAACUGCACAUUUUAGUGGCCUUUUAUUGUCUCCAGCACAAGGUGCACCUGUGUAAUGAUCAUGCUGUUUAAUCAGCUUCUUGAUAUGCCACACCUGUCAGGUGGAUGGAUUAUCUUGGCAAAGGAGAAAUGCUCACUAACAUGGAUGUAAACAACUUUACGUGAUGCGUUUUAUAUUUUUGUUCAGCAUAUAUUGUUAGCUUGUGACUGAUCGUUAUUCUGAUGAAAAUAUGACUCUGGUUUUUAUGGUUGUGUAGGAAAUCCUGGAUGCUCUGGUGAGCAACGUGAACAUUGAGCUGCUCAACGCACUCCACUACCACAUGGUGAACCGCCGUUUGACCUCUGAGGACCUGAAGCAUGGAUCUGCCUUCCCCUCCAUGUACCAAGACUUCAACGUUCACAUCCACCACUACCCCAACGGAGUGAGUAGCAUCUGUCCGAUGUUUAAUGUUGCAUUUAUAUUGGAAACACAGGCGGCUGGUUGGCACCUUAAUUGGGGAGGACGGGCUCCAUAGUAACGACUGGAAUGGAAUGAAUAGAAUGGUGUUGACACAUCAAACACAGGGUUUCCAUCUGUUUGAUACCAUUUCAUUCACGUCAUUCCAGUCAUUGUUAUGAGCCGUCCUGUCCUCACCAGCCUCCUGUGAUUGGAAGGUAUAUGAUGUUUUGACCUGGCCUGGUCCCAGAUCUGUUUGUGCUGUAUGACACAGGCCAUCUGGGCCCAAGUCAGUUGGAACCUAUAGAGAGACAGCUCAACAACAAAAGAGACAUGAACAGACAACGUCGUCGUCUAAAAAUCUUUACCAAACAGUUUUGGUAAUUUUUCAAAAACGGUCACGUUGAAAGCCAGCUAAAUCAUGAGAUGAACAAAAAACGUCAUAAUUGCCUCUCGUUAUUGCAGAUUGUAACAGUGAACUGUGCUCGUCUGGUGAAGACAGACCAGCAUGCUACCAACGGGAUCGUGCACGUUGUGGACAGAGUCAUCACCGCCGUUACCAACGACGUGCACACUUUCAUCGACACCGAUGAUGAUCUGGAGACUCUUCGUGUAAGUAAAUGAGUUUUAACAGUUUGUUGCUUUAUCCAUUAAUCCAUUCAUUCAUUCAUUCAUUCAUUCACAGAACAGUCUAUCACACAGAACUCUCUUACCAUUUUAUACAUGUUGAACAUAUGCUAUGCAAUGCUAUCAGUCUUUUUUAUUGUAUGUGCAAUUUGAAUCAUGUAGAGAAAAACAGUGUUCAGUGUUGAUUCAGUGUUGAUUCAGUGUGUGAAUCUCUGUGUUUUAGACUGCUGUUGCUGCUGCUGGUCUGACCCAAAUGCUGGAGAGUGAUGGUCACUACACGGUGUUCGCUCCAACCAACGAAGCCUUCGCGAAGAUCCCCCCUGAAAUGCUCAACAGGAUCCUGGGAGACCCCGUGGCUUUGAGAGGUGACUCUUUUUUUUUUUUAAGGACAGUUGGAUAUACAAUGGGGAGAUAGAUAUUGGAGAAGGAAACCCAAUCACUUAUUAACAUUAACUAACUUCUACUUGUGUCUGUACUCUCCAUCCAGACCUGCUGAACUACCACAUCCUGAAGAACAUGCAGUGUGCAGAGUCCAUCACAUCUGGUACUCCCCUGGAGACCUUACAGGGAACUGUGCUUGAGGUGGGCUGUGAUGGGGCUGACAUGACCCUCAACGGGAAGGCCAUCAUCCAGAAGAAAGACCAGCUGGGGACCAACGGAGUCAUCCACUACAUCAACGAGCUCCUCAUCCCAGACUCAGGUAUUCAAACCAGAGCCAGAGACUUAAAUUGAGAGUUGCGUCAACGCCAAAUAUAAGGCUGUAAUUCAAAUUAUUGGACCUCUGCCUUCUGUUAUGAGAUUAUUAGUAAAGGUGAUUUAGUCUGAGAAGAUCUCUGUUAUGAGAUUAUUAGUAAUGGUGAUUUAGUCUGAGAAGAUCUCUGUUAUGAGAUUAUUAGUAAAGGUGAUUUAGUCUGAGAAGAUCUCUGUUAUGAGAUUAUUAGUAAAGGUGAUUUAGUCUGAGAAGAUCUCUGUUAUGAGAUUAUUAGUAAAGGUGAUUUAGUCUGAGAAGAUCUCUGUUAUGAGAUUAUUAGUAAUGGUGAUUUAGUCUGAGAAGAUCUCUGUUAUGAGAUUAUUAGUAAAGGUGAUUUAGUCUGAGAAGAUCUCUGUUAUGAGAUUAUUAGUAAAGGUGAUUUAGUCUGAGAAGAUCUCUGUUAUGAGAUUAUUAGUAAAGGUGAUUUAGUCUGAGAAGAUCUCUGUUAUGAGAUUAAUAGUAAUGGUGAUUUAGUCUGAGAAGAUCUCUGUUAUGAGAUUAUUAGUAAUGGUGAUUUAGUCUGAGAAGAUCUCUGUUAUGAGAUUAUUAGUAAAGGUGAUUUAGUCUGAGAAGAUCUCUGUUAUGAGAUUAUUAGUAAAGGUGAUUUAGUCUGAGAAGAUCUCUGUUAUGAGAUUAUUAGUAAAGGUGAUUUAGUCUGAGAAGAUCUCUGUUAUGAGAUUAUUAGUAAAGGUGCUUUAGUCUGAGAAGAUCUCUGUUAUGAGAUUAUUAGUAAAGGUGAUUUAGUCUGAGAAGAUCUCUGUUAUGAGAUUAUUAGUAAAGGUGAUUUAGUCUGAUAAGAUCUCUGUUAUGAGAUUAUUAGUAAUGGUGAUUUAGUCUGAGAAAAUCUCUGUUAUGAGAUUAUUAGUAAAGGUGAUUUAGUCUGAGAAAAUCUCUGUUAUGAGAUUAUUAGUAAAGGUGAUUUAGUCUGAGAAGAUCUCUGUUAUGAGAUUAUUAGUAAUGGUGAUUUAGUCUGAGAAGAUCUCUGUUAUGAGAUUAUUAGUAAUGGUGAUUUAGUCUGAGAAGAUCUCUGUUAUGAGAUUAUUAGUAAAGGUGAUUUAGUCUGAGAAGAUCUCUGUUAUGUGAUUAUUAGUAAAGGUGAUUUAGUCUGAGAAGAUCUCUGUUAUGAGAUUAUUAGUAAUGGUGAUUUAGUCUGAGAAGAUCUCUGUUAUGAGAUUAUUAGUAAUGGUGAUUUAGUCUGAGAAGAUCUCUGUUAUGAGAUUAUUAGUAAAGGUGAUUUAGUCUGAGAAGAUCUCUGUUAUGAGAUUAUUAGUAAUGGUGAUUUAGUCUGAGAAGAUCUCUGUUAUGAGAUUAUUAGUAAUGGGGAUUUAGUCUGAGAAGAUCUCUGUUAUGAGAUUAUUAGUAAAGGUGAUUUAGUCUGAGAAGAUCUCUGUUAUGAGAUUAUUAGUAAAGGUGAUUUAGUCUGAGAAGAUCUCUGUUAUGAGAUUAUUAGUAAAGGUGAUUUAGUCUGAGAAGAUCUCUGUUAUGAGAUUAUUAGUAAAGGUGAUUUAGUCUCUGACGAUCAGAGGAGUUGAGAGUCUACGUGUGUCUGUUUGGGACGCUACUGCACUGAAUAUAAAGUAAAUUCAACUCAAUGGUUCUUGUUGAGACAAGACCUCAAGUCUACUUAUGAGGAGUCUUUCCCAUCUCUAUGUGCAGUGAUAAAUGUUUAUAUGUACUGAUCUCUUUUUAAAGCUAAGACCUUAUUGGAGCUGGCCCAGGGAUCCGUCGUUACCACAGCAACCAAGCUGUUUGUUGACGCUGGUCUUAGCGCCCACCUUUCUGGCUCAGAGGCUCUGACCAUCCUGACCCCUCAGAAUGAUGCUUUCAAAGGUAACAUCGAUCGAUGGCACUCUCUCUCCAUCUUUGUCUCUCUCCAUCUCUUUCUCUCUCUCCAUCUCUCUCUCUGUCUCCCUCCCUCUCUCUGCCUCCCUCCCUCUUCCCUCUCUGUGCUAACAAACAGGAGGGACUUGAGCCAUGAUUCUUCAGCCAUUUCAUCGAUCUGAUAACUUGUCUAUUGUUAACAGAGGGUGUGUCGAUGUCUGGCGAGCUGAAGAAGCUGUUGAAGAACCACAUCCUGAAGGAGCAGCUGUCUUCCAGGUCGCUGUACCACGGACAAGAGCUAGAGACUCUGGGAGGAAUCAACCUCAGAGUGUUGGUCUACCGUAACGUAAGAGCCACUGAUCAAAGCCCUCUAGAGGACCUACAGCUGGCAUCAGAGGAUAUAAAAGCCUCAAUUGAGCUGAAUUAAGAGCGCGAUCUAAAAGUAACUCUGAGCACAGUUGUUCUUCUGGAAAAAGACAAAUAUCUUCCUAAGGGCUAACUCAUUAUGUAGAUUACUCUCUUCCUAAGGGCUAACUCAUUAUGUAGAUUACUCUCUUCCUAAGGGCUAACUCAUUAUGUAGAUUACUCUCUUCCUAAGGGCUAACUCAUUACAUAGAUUACCCAAAAUACACUAUACCAAACUAUACAAAGCAUGAUUGUGCUUGUUUUCAUAUUAACAAUGAACAGUUGCUGGGUGGUCAAUUCUCCAAAUUCUCCAAAUGAGUCAGAGAAGUAGGCCUAACUAGUGAGGUUUUAGUCCCUCUACACGUCCUCAUACUGUAGAAUAGUUAUCCAGGAUGUUGUUUCACACCGUUUUCACAGCUCUGCUCCGUUCUCUCCUGGGUGGCAGAUGGUUGUUCAGCAACGCUCACAUUUCUGCUUUGUAAUGGAAUUUCCAGACGACCACAAUAAGCGUUUUCCAGAGAGAGAGAGAGAGACCACUUGUGAGUCAUCAUGUCAGAGUGCAGGGGAAGAAAGGAAGGAAGCCAGGUGCCAGACUGCUUGGUAGACUGGAUGGGGUGCAUCCCAAAUGGAACCCUAUUCCCUACGUAGUGCACUACUAUUGACCAGAGUCCACAGGGCCCAUAGGGCUCUGGUCAAAAGUAGUGCACUACAUAGGGAAUAGGGUUCCAUUUGGGAUGCAAUCAUGGUGAUGAGUAGAGCAAACGUCCCUCUAACCUCGCUGUCUGUUCCUCUCUCUCUCUCUCUCUCUCUCUCUCUCUCUCUCUCUCUCUCUCUCUCUCUCUCUCUCUCUCUCUCUCUCUCUCUCUCCUCUCUCUCUCUCUCUCUCUCUCUCUCUCUCUCUCUCUCUCUCUCUCUCUCUCUCUCUGUCUCUCUCUCUCUCUCUCUCUAUCUCUCUCUCUCUGUUUUAAUAACAGAGCCUGUGCAUUGAGAACUCCUGUAUCGCUGCCCACGACAAGACCGGCCGUUUUGGCAGCAUGUUCACGGUCGACAAGGUCCUGACUCCGCCAAUGGGUACCAUCAUGGAUGUCCUGAAGGCUGAUGACCGAUUCAGGUGAGAGUCAAUGAAUCAAAGAAAAUAAAUCAGUGAAUGAUUCAAUGAAAAGGCUUACAAAGGUUGUCCUUAAUAUAAUAUCUUGAGGCAACAUGAUUUAAUUUCAGAAGAACAACCCUUCAGUCUGUUUCUCCCACCUAUCUGUAUCCCCUUUGUCAUUUCAUAACUGUCUCAAUAAAGGGUACAAAUAUAUUUUUAAAAAUAAAAUAUGCUAGUCGUUUCAAUGAUUUGUUAAUUUCAAUUGACCAAAAUAAUGUAAAAAUAAAUCCAACUUUAUAUGUUGCUAAAAAUGUAAGUAUCUUUCAAAUUGAGUGAUUGAACUCAUUGGAAGUCUUUUGAUUUUAAUCACAUUGCAUUUCCUUAUCUUGCCACGUGACUCUUUUUAGAGGAUUGUGGGUUAUUCAAAACAUUUGACUUUUUGAUUAUUUCACCCAAUGUUGUAUGAAUGUUUGAAGAAAAGUAUAUUUCUAUAUUAGUAUUAAGCUUGUUGUGCCAUCAUGAGGUGUAAUGGAUCAUGAUGAACGGAUAUCAAAACCGUCAGACAAAUUGACAUUCAAUGAGCACAGCACCCAUUCCCACGUUCAUGAAUGUCAAUGGAUGAGGCAAGUGCAGAAUCCUCAAGUCUUGCAGUUCAACAUCCAGUUAGUGCUGGUGGUUUGAACACUGAGCUUGACAAUGCCCGCCAAACCGGUAUAAAAUGGCAAAUGAUGAAAUACAUAAAACAAUGUUAACCAUUAAGACACCAGACAAAGGGAUAUAAUUCUGCACUAGACAGGAUUCAAAACAUCAUACUGGCAUUUUGAAGCUGUAGAGAGAGUAAACGACAGCAAAGGAGAAGGUAUCUAAUUCUGCACUAGACAGGACUCGAAACACCAAAAUAGUGUUUUCAAUCUUUUCUGUUAGUGCUCCCAGUCCCUGGCUAGGUGUUGCGCAACACUUGAUUAAGGGGUGCUACAACACACCAUGUAAAUGAUUCAGAACAUCUCAGGAGGAUGUGUUUCAAUACUCCAGCAAAGUUAAGAUUUUGUCUCCUUCAAGUUGGUGGCAGCUCAGUUCAGUUGGUGGCAGCUCAGUUCAGUUGGUGGCAGCUCAGUUCAGUUGGUGGCAGCUCAGUUCAGUUGGUGGCAGCUCAGUUCAGUUGGUGGCAGCUCAGUUCAGUUGGUGGCAGCUCAGUUCAGUUGGUGGCAGCUCAGUUGCCACUGAUUUUGGUGUUACAACGCACUUCAUUUUAACAGUGUAGCUUCUUCCUACGUAGCACAGCGUGUGUUCUUCUUCUGUAGCUAGAUAUCCUGGGGAGAAGGUCCCCCCAAGCGUCUAAUGGUUUUCCCAGAACUGGAAGGCUGAAAGGCAAUCUGCUGCUUCAUUUCCACCCACGUUCAGAGACCUGGUUCUUUUCCAUUUUCUCUGUAUGUUUUCACUACCAGUGAUCUGUUCUGUUCUGCCAUGAUUCAACUGAUACAUAUUUUGGUAUAUUUGGCACAUCAGAAACCACAACUCAUCGAUGUGGUUAAAACUUUCCUAUUAGUCAACUGUCAAGUCCUCUUUCUUGCUCUGAAUAUGUUUUUUCAAACUGUGUGUGUUGGAAAUCAGUCAGUUGUCAAGUCUUUCUUGCUCUAAGGAUGGUCUUUCUAAGUGUGUGUUCUCUUCUUUGUUCCAGUCUGUUGGUAGGUGCCAUCCAGACGGCUGGCAUGACAGAGCUGAUGAACCAGGCCGGUCCCCAUACCGUGUUCGCGCCCACCAACGAUGCUUUCAGCGCCUUGCCAAAGGCUGACCUCAACAAACUCAUGGGUAAGGACAGCCCUGGCUCCAGACAUUCUAGUUUUUCUAAAACAAAGCCAAUCUCAAACGAGAAUACAGGGUUGAGGUCUGGGGAUGUAAGACUAGGAUCAUUAUAACAGACACCUCUCGGCCAUAUGUGCUCUAUCACAUGCAUGCCAUAUGUAGUGUAUGCCUUAUGUAGUGUAUGCCUUAUGUAGUGUAUGCCAUAUGUAGUGUAUGCCUUAUGUAGUGUAUGCCAUAUGUAGUGUAUGCCAUAUGUAGUGUAUGCCUUAUGUAGUGUAUGCCAUAUGUAGUGUAUGCCAUAUGUAGUGUAUGCCAUAUGUAGUGUAUGCCAUAUGUAGUGUAUGCCAUAUGUAGUGUAUGCCUUAUGUAGUGUAUGCCUUAUGUAGUGUAUGCCAUAUGUAGUGUAUGCCUUAUGUAGUGUAUGCCUUAUGUAGUGUAUGCCAUAUGUAGUGCAUGCCAUAUGUAGUGUAUGCCAUAUGUAGUGUAUGCCAUAUGUAGUGCAUGCCAUAUGUAGUGUAUGCCAUAUGUAGUGUAUGCCAUAUGUAGUGUAUGCCUUAUGUAGUGUAUGCCAUAUAUAGUGUAUGCCAUAUGUAGUGUAUGCCUUAUGUAGUGUAUGCCAUAUGUAGUGUAUGCCAUAUGUAGUGUAUGCCUUAUGUAGUGUAUGCCAUAUGUAGUGUAUGCCAUAUGUAGUGUAUGCCAUAUGUAGUGUAUGCCAUAUGUAGUGUAUGCCAUAUGUAGUGUAUGCCUUAUGUAGUGUAUGCCUUAUGUAGUGUAUGCCAUAUGUAGUGUAUGCCUUAUGUAGUGUAUGCCUUAUGUAGUGUAUGCCAUAUGUAGUGCAUGCCAUAUGUAGUGUAUGCCAUAUGUAGUGUAUGCCAUAUGUAGUGCAUGCCAUAUGUAGUGCAUGCCAUAUGUAGUGUAUGCCAUAUGUAGUGUAUGCCAUAUGUAGUGUAUGCCUUAUGUAGUGUAUGCCAUAUAUAGUGUAUGCCAUAUGUAGUGUAUGCCAUAUGUAGUGUAUGCCUUAUGUAGUGUAUGCCAUAUGUAGUGUAUGCCAUAUGUAGUGUAUGCCAUAUGUAGUGUAUGCCAUAUGUAGUGUAUGCCAUAUGUAGUGUAUGCCAUAUGUAGUGUAUGCCAUAUGUAGUGCAUGCCAUAUGUAGUGUAUGCCAUAUGUAGUGUAUGCCAUAUGUAGUGUAUGCCAUAUGUAGUGUAUGCCAUAUGUAGUGUAUGCCAUAUGUAGUGUAUGCCAUAUGUAGUGUAUGCCAUAUGUAGUGCAUGCCAUAUGUAGUGUAUGCCAUAUGUAGUGUAUGCCAUAUGUAGUGUAUGCCAUAUGUAGUGUAUGCCUUAUGUAGUGUAUGCCAUAUGUAGUGUAUGCCAUAUGUAGUGUAUGCCUUAUGUAGUGUAUGCCAUAUGUAGUGUAUGCCAUAUGUAGUGUAUGCCAUAUGUAGGUAUGCCAUAUGUAGUGUAUGCCUUAUGUAGUGUAUGCCUUAUGUAGUGUAUGCCAUAUGUAGUGUAUGCCUUAUGUAGUGUAUGCCUUAUGUAGUGUAUGCCAUAUGUAGUGCAUGCCAUAUGUAGUGUAUGCCAUAUGUAGUGUAUGCCAUAUGUAGUGCAUGCCAUAUGUAGUGCAUGCCAUAUGUAGUGUAUGCCAUAUGUAGUGUAUGCCAUAUGUAGUGUAUGCCUUAUGUGUGUAUGCCAUAUAUAGUGUAUGCCAUAUGUAGUGUAUGCCAUAUGUAGUGUAUGCCUUAUGUAGUGUAUGCCAUAUGUAGUGUAUGCCAUAUGUAGUGUAUGCCUUAUGUAGUGUAUGCCUUAUGUAGUGUAUGCCAUAUGUAGUGUAUGCCUUAUGUAGUGUAUGCCUUAUGUAGUGUAUGCCAUAUGUAGUGAUGCCAUAUGUAGUGUAUGCCAUAUGUAGUGUAUGCCAUAUGUAGUGCAUGCCAUAUUUUAGUAGUGUAUGCCAUAUGUAGUGUAUGCCAUAUGUAGUGUAUGCCUUAUGUAGUGUAUGCCAUAUAUAGUGUAUGCCAUAUGUAGUGUAUGCCAUAUGUAGUGUAUGCCUUAUGUAGUGUAUGCCUUGAGUCUAUGCCAUAUGUAGUGUAUGCCAUAUGUAGUGUAUGCCAUAUGUAGUGUAUGCCAUAUGUAGUGUAUGCCAUAUGUAGUGUAUGCCAUAUGUAGUGUAUGCCAUAUGUAGUGAUGCCAUAUGUAGUAUGCCUUAUGUAGUGUAUGCCAUAUGUAGUGCAUGCCAUAUGUAGUGUAUGCCAUAUGUAGUGUAUGCCAUAUGUAGUGUAUGCCUUAUGUAGUGUAUGCCAUAUGUAGUGUUUGCCAUAUGUAGUGUAUUUCGGUGACUGGCAUCCUGCCUGACAAACAACCAAACUGUGAACAGGUUUCACAUGACUGGCUUUGCAGACCACAGUACUUUUCCAGUAGAGAAAAAUCAAUGGCACCUAAAGACAACCUGAUAUGACCCACAGUGAGAAUAUGUUCGGCAGACAGACAGAACUAUUUGUAUAAACCUAAUGACCUAUCUACACCCAGGAAAUGAUGACAUGAAAGAAUGCAUCUUGGAUGCUGCCACACGUAUGAAUGCCAAACAGCUGUGGUUAACUGGAGCCAGUUGUUCAGUUGCAGUAUCACCCACCUACAGUAUACUGCAGCUACAAAUACGCUUGUUUGGGUAUAUAAAAUAAUUUAUAUAAUGAAUAAACACUGCUGUUUGUUAAUGAUUGCCUAGCCGUUUUGAAACAACAACUGUUUCGAUGAGCAGGACAUGUUUAGACAAAUAGCAUCAUGUUGAAUGACUUCAUGUUCAAUGACUUGGCCACAGCAAUGAGAAUGUAGCUGUAAUGCUAAAGUGACCUUAACUCGUCAGUUCCAUGUUGCAACUUGCACAACCGAUUCCUCUUCACUUUUUAAGCAAUAUUCAUUCCUCAGCAGUGUUUUAAUGCGGGCUGUUAGUUUUCCUAAAUCCUCUGUUUGUAAAUGUCUAGACCAUAGAGAUACAAUAUGAUCCGGUAGGUGUUCUAUUUCAUUUUGUUGUCUAGGCAACCGCCAGGAGCUGGCCAGUGUGUUGAAGUACCACAUGGCUAAGGAGAUUCUGGUCAGUGGAGGAGUGGGCUCCCAUACCAGACUGAAGCCUCUGCAGGGAGAGAAGCUGGAGCUGAACAUGGUACAGUAGGCCCUCGUGACUGUUUGAUCCUGGAACACAUGAUUCCUGGAACACAUGAUCCUAGAACACAUGAUUCUGGAACACAUGAUCCUAGAACACAUGAUCCUGGAACACAUGAUCCUGGAACACAUGAUCCUAGAACAAUUUGAUCCUAAAAAAUGUUGAUCUUGUAACAAUUUGAUCUGAUAACAAAUAAUGUUUGAUAUUGAUACUACUAACAUGUGUACUACCAAUACUACCAGUACUAACAUGUACUACCAAUACUACCAGUACUAACAUGUACUAACAUGUAAUAGCAGUACUAACAUGUACUAACAUGUACUAACAUGUACUAACAUGUAAUAACAUGUACUACCAGUACUAACAUGUAAUAACAGUACUACCAGUACUAACAUGUACUACCAGUAAUAACAUGUAAUAACAGUACUAACAUGUAAUAACAGUACUAACAUGUACUACCAGUAUUAACAUGUACUACCGUAUUAACAUGUACUACCAGUACUAACAUGUACUACCAGUGCUAACAUGUAAUAACAGUACUAACAUGUACUACCAGUACUAACAUGUACUACCAGUACUAACAUGUACUACCAGUACUAACAUGUACUACCAAUACUACCAGUACUACCAGUACUAACAUGUACUACCAGUACUAACAUGUAAUAACAGUACUAACAUGUAAUAACAGUACUAUCAUGUACUACCAGUACUAACAUGUACUACCAGUACUACCAGUACUAAUAUGUACUAACAUGUAAUAACAGUACUAACAUGUACUACCGUAUUAACAUGUACUACCAGUACUAACAUGUACUACCAGUAUUAACAUGUACUACCAGUGCUAACAUGUACUAACAUGUACUAACAUGUACUACCAGUACUAACAUGUACUACCAGUACUAACAUGUACUACCAGUACUAACAUGUACUAACAUGUACUACCGUAUUAACAUGUACUACCAGUACUAACAUGUACUACCAGUACUAACAUGUACUAACAUGUAAUAACAGUACUAACAUGUACUACCGUAUUAACAUGUACUACCAGUACUAACAUGUACUAACAUGUACUACCAUAUUAACAUUUACUACCAGUACUAACAUGUACUACCAGUACAUGUUUUUCUUUUUAUUUAUGAUUUUGUUUUCAGUGGAGAAAAGUUGUACUUUUUUUGUUGUGUACUUCUAUUGUGUACUUCUAUUGCUUACAUAAUUUGUAAUAAUUUGUGUACAAUGUAUUGCUAUACAGUACCAGUCAAACGUUUGGACACACUUACUCAUUUUUCUUAAUUUGUACUAUUUUCUACAUUGUAGAAUAAUAGUGAAGACAUCAAAACCAUGAAAUAACACAUAUGGAAUCAUGUAGUAACCCAAAAAGUGUUAAACAAAUCUAAAUAUAUUUUAUAUUUGAGAUUCUUCAAAGUAGCCACCCUUUGCACACUCUUGGCAUUCUCUCAAACAGCUUCAUGAGGUAGUCACCUGGAAUGUAUUUCAAUUAACAGGUGUGCCUUGUUACAAGUUAAUUUGUGGAAUUUAUUUCCUUCUUAAUGCGUUUGAGCCAAUCAGUUGUGUUGUGACAAGGUAGGGGUGGUAUACAGAAGAUAGCCUUAUUUGGUAAAAGACCAAGUCCAUAUUAUGACAAGAACAGCUCAAACAAGCAAAGAGAAAUGACAGUCCAUCAUUACUUUAAGACAUGAAGGUCAGUCAAUCCAGGAACAUUUCAAGUGCAGUCGCAAAAACCAUCAAGCGCUAUGAUGAAACUGGCUGUCAUGAGGACCGCCAGAGGAAAGGAAGACCCAGAGUUACCUCUGCUGCAGAGGAUAUGUUCAUUAGAGUUAACUGCACCUCAGAUUGCAGCCCAAAUAAAUGCUUCACAGAGUUCAAGUAACAUACACAUCUCAACAUCAACUGUUCAGAGGAGACUGCAUGAAUCAGGCCUUCAUGGUCGAAUUGCUGCAAAGAAACCACUACUAAAGGACACCAAUAAGAAGAAGAGACUUGCUUGGGCCAAGAGACACGGGCAAUUGACAUUAGACCGGUGGAAAUCUGUCCUUUGGUCUGAUGAGUCCAAAUUUGAGAUUUUUGGUUCCAACCGCCGUGUCUUUGUGAGACACAGAGUAGGUGAAUGGAUAAUCUCUGCAUGUGUGGUUCCCACCGUGAAGCAUGGAGGAGGAGGUGUGAUGGUGUGGGGGUGCUUUGCUUGUGACACUGUCGUUGAUUUAUUUAGAACUCAAGGCACAUUUAACCAGCAUGGCUACCACAGCAUUCUGCAGCGAUACGCCAUCCCAUCUGGUUUGCGCUUAGUGGGACUAUAAUUAGGUUUUCAACAGGACAAUGACCCAACACACCUCCAGGCUGUGUAAGAGCUAUUUGACCAAUAAGGAGAGUGAUUGAGUGCUGCAUCAGAUGACCUGGCCUCCACAAUCACCCGACCUCAACCCAAUUGAGAUGGUUUGGGAUUUGUUGGACCGCAGAGUGAAGGAAAAGCAGCCAACAAGUGCUCAGCAUAUGUGGGAACUCCUUCAAGACUGUUGGAAAAGCAUUCCAGGUGAACCUGGUUGAGAGAAGAGUUUGCAAAGCUUUCAUCAAGGCAAAGGGUGGCUACUUUGAAGAAUCUAAAAUCUAGUUUGAUUUUUUGAACACUUUUUUGGUCACUACAUGGUUCCAUAUGUGUUAUUUCAUUUUACAUUAAAAUGUUUAGUCAUUUAGCAGACGCUCUUAUCCAGAGCGACUUACAGUUAUUAUGAUGUCUUCACUAUUAUUCCACAAUGUAGAAAAUAGUCACAAAAAAAAAAUAAACUUGAAUGAGUAGGUGUUCUAAAACUUUUGUAUCACCUUGUAAAUGGCCUGUAUGUUUUUUUCUCCUUCAGAGGAACCAGACAGUGUACAUCAACAAGGUGCCAGUGGUUGAAGCCGACCUGAUGGCCACCAAUGGAGUUGUCCACGCUGUGGGAGCCAUCAUAACGCCACUGCGUAAGAGCAAUCACUUUAUAAAUACUGAAUAAACCAUCUCACCUUACUGUAUAUGGCAUACUGUAUUAUCCUCCAACGGUCUCCUUCUCUCUCUAUCUCCUCCAGCUCCUAAGGUUGACAGGGAACAGGCUGAUGCCCCCGUCUCUUCCAAGGGAGUAAGACAUUUAUAGACAGUUCACUUAUCAUGUCUCUCUUUACUGUCUUAUUAGAUGACCGUCGUUGUAAAUCUGCAGCUAUGUGAAUGUACAUUAUCUAAAAAAAAGAUUUGUUUUGUAUUUGUAGAUUGAUAUCUAAAUAUUGUUGUAUUCCUUUCUUCACAGAUGGACUCAAGAAUCGGAGUCAAAAAUGGUAAAUAUUCUUAUCUACAUCUCCCACAGUCUCACGUGGUGCAUUCCACAAAUCAAACUGUUGUUGAACUGGUGUUAAAUGUUGUUAUGAACUUGUUUCAGAUGAUCUCUUCCAGAAGGUCAGGAAAAGUCUCUCCAGCAGGACGAUGACUCGCGUCCAGUAAAACAAAUUAAGAGGAGAAAAACAUAAUUACCUACGGUACAUCAACACAAAUCAAGGGAUUGUUUAUGGAAUGUAUUCUUAUCUGGAACUCUCAAAGGGAGUCUUAUCGAUCUAAUUUUGUCAAAGAUGGUCAACAUAAAUAAUAACCCAGCACUAGAUGAAGACAGAGAUGGGAUAUAUUUUAGUAGAAUAUGUUGUAUAAUUGCUUUCAUAUACCAAAGACCGAAGAUUUGAAUUGCUUGUCGGUUUUCUUUUAUGUGAAACUGGUCAACCAAAGCACAGCAACUAGCUAUGACUACAUAUACUGUAGUUUCAUGAAAGUGUUUUGAAUGUUCACGCGUGACUUCUGUUUUAAAUGUAAACGCAGAGCAGAUUUUUUUUGAGAAACGUAUACUGUAUUUUGUUUUGUUGUGAUACAUGUAGCAUGUUUGCAUGUUUAGGCUGGAAAGGAAAAGCUAUUCAGGCACACGCAAAUGGAUGUCAAAGUCAUGGCCUCUUGAGUUCUGAUUCUCUUUCAUUUUUUCAUUAAACCUGUUGAAAACUUUAAUUCACUCAUAUUCAAGUCACAUUCAUUCCAUUUGUAACAUACUGUAGCAAUAUAUUUUGUGUGGAAACCAAAGAGCAAUGUCUGCACAUUUCAAAAAUAAAAUGUUCAUUUUGUAGCCACAGAGUUUAUUUGGAUUUAUUAAAGUUCUAUCCAUGACGACACGUAAGUGUUUCAAGAUAUUGGCACGGCGCUUGUGUAAUAUUA